CGAUUCCUGACACCAGGAUCAAAAGAGUAACACGCCCACUUUAGUCGAUUUGGUGGUCGUAGAUGGUCGUAGUGUCCAGGAUGCCGGAACGGUACGGAACCUAAACGAGGUUUUCUCUUGGGACGGCGCGACGUGGAACGAAUGCCCUGGGCCUAAGGACUGCUGUCGCCCGGCAACUGGUUGCACGAUGAACCUCCGAGCAUUAUGCCUGACCACGAUUGUCCACGCUGCAUCCCUAGCCCGGGGCUACACAAUCAACAUCACCAUCAACGCAGUUGACAGCACGCCACGAUAUAUAAAUCCUUACUACUCAGCACCAUUUGCCUAUCGCCCCAUGCACCCCAUCUGGCGACCAAAGCCUCCAACGCGGCCAUACUACCACCAUCGAUCGUACCAUCGGCCAAGAGCCCCAUACCCUUACAAUUCUUACCGGCCUCGGCCAAAGACUCGUUACUACUACAAGCCUCGAUACCCUCAGCAACCUCCUCGGACGAUACCGAGGCCCCCACGGAGACCGUAUGGCCCUCCAGCGUACAGGCCACCGUACGAGGCGGCUCCCUUCGUGGCGAAGCCUGCUCCCCACCUGGAAGCGGCGACGGCGGUGCAGUUAAGGCCCCCCGCUGUGGCGGCUCCGCCGACGCCGUCUUCCGCGAGGCCCCUGCUGGAGACCAGCGACGUGACCGACGAGAGUGGCCCCAGCGUCGCGGCCCCGAAGCCCGCCGCGGCCUACCAGCCGGCGGCGUCGUCGGGCGGCCUCACAAAGUUCCUGCGGCGGCCGCCCUUCGUACGCCCGGGAAGAACAGGCAGCGGCUCGGACUCCUGCUUCGGAGGUUCCCGGUGCACGUUCUUCCUGCACUGCUGGAUGGCCGGCGGGUCUCUGGGCUCUUCGUGCGGUCCGCUCAUGUCGUGCUGCAUCACGCCCUCGGACGCGGUCAUCAAGCCGCGCUACUACGGACCCGUCAAGAACGACCCCUACUGCGGUCGCAGUGGCGGCCGUAUCAGCCGCAUCGUGGGAGGCAAGGAGGCCGAGUUCGGCCAGUUUCCCUGGCAGGCGUUCAUCCAGGUUGCCGGCAGCCGGUGCGGGGGAACACUCGUCUCCCGGCAGCACGUCGUCACGGCCGGACACUGCGUUGCCAAGUACCAGUACAACCCGUCGAGCAUUCGCGUAACGCUUGGUGACUACGUUCUCAACUCUGACGUCGAGAGCCUCCCGAGUGAGACGUUCGGCGUUCGCCAGAUCCGGGUGCAUCCGGACUUCAGGUUCACGCCACAGGCUGACCGCUACGACGUGGCUGUGCUCGUACUGGACAGGCCGGUCACCUACAGGGCCAACGUGAUGCCCAUAUGCCUACCGCCAAAGGACGCCCAAUUCGUGGCCCGAGUCGCCGAGGCCGCCGGUUGGGGAGCACUCGAGCCUGGCUCCAAGGUGCGACCGCGCGUUCUGCAGUACGUCCACGUUCCAGUGCUGCCCAACGAGGUCUGCGAGAACUGGCACCGGCGGCAGGGCAUCAACAUUCGCAUCCACGACGAAAUGCUCUGCGCGGGCUACGAGCGCGGGGGCAAGGACUCUUGUCAGGGCGACUCCGGCGGUCCGUUGAUGAUGAACGACUACGGCGUCUACUACCUGAUCGGCAUCGUGUCGGCGGGCUACUCGUGCGCCAAGAACUACCAGCCCGGCAUUUACCACAGGGUCAGCAGUUCGUCCGAUUGGAUAUCCUCCAACAUCUACUAGACACCUACAGUCAAGCGUUUCGGACGCCACGCGCUUCUCGAAGCGGCGCGUGCGUAGUCAUCAAACGAAGAAAACAAGAUGGCUGCUGCGCGGUGCGUGCAGCCUCAACAGCGAUGAUAAACCAGUGCAUUACGGGACCAAUCUGCGUCGCGUCUCGGACGUGAAGACAGUUUCGAAGGAGUAGCAAGUGGCGGGUGAUGCGAGUGGUUUAGUCCUUUUUUUUUUCCUUGCGCGAAAACAUUUUGGUGCGUGGCGCUGGUGAGCCGAUAGGAAGCUUCCCUACAUCGCCGGGUGCGUGAUCUUCGAGACCUUCCUUGUGAGCGCUCUGAGCGUUCCAGGAAAGUUGCGUUGUUGUUUCGUUUUAACUGUUUUAUAAGUGUUUUUUUUUUGUCUCGUUCUAAUGUUGUUCGCAAUUUUAGGCUUUAAGAACGGUGGACUUAUUGAGAGCAGAACCUUUUUUUUUCCUUUUCUAGGUCACUUGCUUUGUUU